AUGGAGUUAUUUCCUGCUUUCAUUUCUUUUCAUCUUCCAGAUGAUUUUAAUGAUGAAAGUAUCAUCCACUUCCUUUCCUCUAUGGAUAAACCCAGUGACGUCGUAGUUCGUUCCUCGGAGUUCAAGGAGCAAGGGAACUCCUUGUUCAAGGCUGACAAGUUUAAACUUGCCUUUUCCAAGUAUGAGUUGGCUAGUAAAUUGUUAUGUUUUACUAUGCCGUGUUUUAUGGAAGCUUUUGCUUCGUUUCGAUCUUUGGCUUUUGCUCUGCAUCUUAAUCUUGCGGCUUGUGCUUUGAAGCUUCUUGAUUAUUCUGCUGUUGUUAAGCUUUGUUCCUUUGUGUUAGGGCUUGAUUCCGAUCAUAUAAAGGCUCUUUAUAGGAGGGCUUCUGCGUAUCAAGAAUUGGGCAAGCUUCGUUCCGCUAGAAAGGAUCUGGUUAAGGCUACUAAAAGUGAUCCUAAUAAUACAGACGUGUUAACAAAGUUGCAUUGUGUUGAAGGUUUGUUACAAGAUGUGUCUUUAGUCGAUAAAAAACAAAGGGGUAAGUUGGUCAAGUCUGUUACCCAAGUUGAGUCGACUUUUCAAGUUCCUAGUGACUAUGUAGUUGGUUGUGAGGUAAACAAGGAUUGUUGUUCUGCGGAAGUGGUUCAAACUGCUGGGGUUUAG